UUUACGUUGUAUUAUUUUUUUUAUCCCAAAACAUAAUUUUUUUUACCACAUAUUUUAGAAAAAAUACCAUUUUUAUUCUAGUAACAUUAGUUAAAAUACGGCCCAUAUAUAUGCUAUAGGACUUAAAUUUUAGGGCCCCAAUUACAUGUCGGGCGGUGCCCAGGCACACCCGGAACCCACCGUGCGCACGCCUAUGGUUUCAUAUGCUUAAAUAUUAUUUACUCCAUGUGACAACACAAUAUUAGAUAGAUAAUGUAUUAUUAUUCAAAUUUCAGUUGUUAAUAUGAUAAAAAGUCAACGCACUAAAAGGCGAAAAAUCAGGAAUGAUCUUGCAGUAUUUAACAAUAAUAACCCAUCAAAAAUUUAUUCUCGUAUAGAGUUGAUUACUACCACUGAUGAUGAGUUGAUAACCAGAGAAUCUUCACUAUGUCAAUCCAUUCAAAAUCCCGAUGUAUUAGUUUUAGAAUCAGAAGUAGUAGAACCUGUAAUAUCAAAUUCUUUGCCUACACCAAUAUUUACUGGUCCUAAAUCGACUGAAAUUACUGAUGAUCAAUCGGAAUCAAAUAACAUUAAGGAUUUUAUUGCUUCUUGGGCUAUUCAGUAUAAAAUUCCUCAUAAUGCGCUCAACGGACUUCUAUCUGGUUUAAAAAAACACAAAUGUUUCCAAAGCCUUCCUCUUGAUGCAAGAACUGUUUUAUGUACUCCAAGUCAAAUUUCUAAAACUAUUAAAACUCUUAAACCUGGGACUUACCAUCAUUUUGGUUUGGUCUCUGGUAUUAAAAGAUAUGCUCCAGAAAAUUCAUCAGAGCUGAAAAUUGCUGUUGGUAUUGAUGGUUUACCCUUAAGUAAAAGCAGUGGAAAUCAAUUCUGGCCAAUAUUGGCAUAUAUUAUUUCAGAAUUUUCAACUAAAAAAGUAUUUCCAAUAGGAAUUUACUACGGUCAGAGUAAACCAGAAGACAGCAAUGAAUUUCUUUCAGAAUUUGUUGAAGAAGCUGAUGAUUUAAUGAAAAAUGGAAUUAACAUAAAUGAUGUUAUUAUCAAAAUAUCUAUAAGUUUCAUUUGUUGUGAUUCGCCAGCUAGAGCAUUUGUUUUACGUGUUAAAACACAUUCUGGAUUUCAUUCUUGUACCCGUUGUUUCAUUGAUGGCGAUUAUCAAAAAAAUAGAGUUUGUUUUCCAUAUUCAAAUAGAAAAUCUACUUUGAGGGAUCAUAAUUCAUAUAUAAAUAUGGUAGAUGAAGAUUAUCACACAUCAGAAUCUCCAUCAGUUUUAGCCAAAUUGAAUGAUUUUGAUUUAGUAAAAUCAUUCCCCCUCGACUACAUGCAUUUAGUUUGUUUGGGGGUAAUGAAAAAGUUAUUAUUACUUUGGAAAUCUGGUCCAUUAAAAAUCCGUUUACCGUCCAGAGAUAUUAAAGAUCUGUCAAAAUCGUUAUUAGCAUUAAAUACUGAUAUUUCAUCAGACUUUGUUAGAAAGAGUAGAAGUCUUUUUGAAGUUGGACGCUGGAAAGCUGUUGAGCUACGAUUUUUUUUACUUUAUUCAGGACCAGUUGUUUUAAAAGCUAAAUUAAAUGAUGAAUGUUAUUCUCAUUUUAUGUCUUUAAGCAUUGCUAUGAUUAUACUUCUUAGUCCAAAUCACAAAUCACUUGUCAAUUAUGCAAGACAUUUAUUAGAUUACUUUGUGAAACAAUUUCAAAAUUUAUAUGGUGAAUACCUUGUAUCACAUAAUGUCCAUACUUUAUUGCAUCUAUGUGACGAUUAUGAUAAAUUCGGACCACUUGACCAAUGUAGUGCGUUUAUUUUUGAGAAUCAUAUGAAAGAAUUAAAAUCUUUUUUAAGAAAACCAGAAAAGCCAUUAGAACAGGUUAUAAAUAGGUAUUCAGAAAUAAACUCAAUUAGCGUGAACACUUUCAAAAAUAUACAAUUGAAUGAGAAACCGGUUUUAAAAAGACUUCAUACAAAUGGUCCAUUAAUGGAUAAUAUUUUUGGAGUUCAGUAUUAUAGUUUAUUUUUUUGUAAUAUACAUAUUGUUAUUCGAAAACAGAAAGAAUCAGAUAGUUUUAUUUUAACAAAUAAUGGAGAAGUAGUUAAAUGUCUUAAUAUUAUAGAAAUUAAUAACAAUAUUUUAAUAUUAGGAAAAAAAUUCUAUCAUGUAACACCUUUUUUCAUUGAACCAAUAAAUUCAACUAUACUAGAUAUGUAUCAGGUCAAAAAUAUGUCAGAAACUUUAAAUUAUUGGAAUAUCACAGAUAUAAAAAGAAAAAUGAUGAUUUUCAACCAUGAUAAAAAAAUGAUUGCUGUACCCGUAAUACAUACAGGAGAACAAUUUAUCUCAUCUGAUGGCUCGAUGGGAAGUCGUCUUAUUCUAUAAAGAUAAUAGUAUAGAAGCAGUGCCCGAUACGUGGGUU